AUGGACCCUGUUUUUCUUGGUUGUAUCGUUCUUGCUUCACAAGCGUUCAAUGCAGCAAUGGAUGCAGCUGAUCGUCUCAGUGCUAACCCGAAGGCAAGAGUUGAAGCUCUCAAAAAAAUGUCUCAGGAAAGGGAGGAAAGUCAUCAAGAAGCAAUGAAAAAAUUGAAAGAAAGUCAAGAAGAGUUUGAAUCUUCAUCUCGCCGAAAAGAAGAAGAGGCAAAUGAGCGUAUUAGAGCACAAAAAGAAGAGAACAAUGAAUUGAUUGAAUCUCAUAAACUGAGAAUCAAAAACGAAGAAGAGAAACAUGAAGCGGAAGUGAAAAUGAUGAACCAGGAGCAUCUGUUGACAGUUCAAAAAUUGAAGUCUGAAUCUAAAGAAGUCAAGGAAAAAGCUGAAAUUGAACAUAAAAUGAAAGUUGACAAGAUGGAGAAGGAAUACAAAAAUGAGAGUGAAAGCGCGAAGCAAAAACUUGAAAUAGCUAGACUCGAAGGAAAGGAAAAAGUAGCUAAAGUGGAAAAAGAGAAGGAAGAAUUGGUUCAACAAAGACGAAAAGGAUUGGAUGAGUACGUGAGAGUGAUGACGGAAAUGCAUGAAAUUUAUCUGAAGCAUUCCAAAGAAAUUAAUGAUAAAAACAGACAACUAAAACUCGAGAAUGCAAAGUUGCGAAGAAAAGAAAUUUCUAAGGAGAAUAACAAAGCCUUGGAGCAUAUUAAACAUAAUUAUGAUCAACUUUUGGUUCAACUCACUCAACAAAACUCAAGAAAUGUCUUGGAACGCUUCAGAUUAAUUGCAAAUCAUGCUAUUCCAAUUCACAAUUCUUUGAAGUCCAUAAGAGAUGAAUUCAAUCCGGGAACUGGAACUGCGCUUACAGUCGAUACCGGCAGAUUAGAUCCCGAUUUCGAAAAAGUGAGAGAAGAAAUCAAUCGCUUCAACUUUGAGAAAACUAACUACACCCAAUAUGUUAUGAAUACUAAUCUCACCGAUCCAAGACUUUUCAAAACAUGUUCUGAUUUCAUAACUCAAAUGAGUAAAUUGGUGGGAGCAAAUGAACUCUCAUUAAUUUGCUCUCAUAUGCCACGGGCAAUCGAUAAUGGGAAAUGGGAGGACGCGAGAACUUACGCAAGAAUGUCUACCCAAUUGUGUGAGAAGUUUUCGGCAUUGAACUUGAGUUUGGAAAAUGGAAUCAACCAGCUCACUUUGGAUUAUACUCAAGCGCCAGAAGCGAGGCCUGCCAUUCAGCAGUAA